GUUAUCCUCGCUCGCGUUCGGCUCGGCCACGGAGAGUUUGUCGGAAAGUGCGGUUAGGCUUGGUUUGUCAGCGUUCGGAUUCGCGCGGGUGAGACCUGUUUUUUCGCUUUCUUCCAAGGGAUUUCCUCGGCGGAAGGAGCUGGAUGUUUGAAACCGAAUGCCAGAGCUGAAGCAACCACAAUAAAAACUCAACAAAACAAUGCCGACAUCGAUUUCCAGUAACGCUAUCCCCUAAUCCUUGAAUGGGAUGCACGGUUCCCUGAAAUCUGGGUACGGCAUGUGAAUAUGUGUGGGUACCCCAUUCUUUCAGUUUUAAUGGAAGCUAUCAGCACCAGCAAAAAGUGACUGCACUUGGAGGGGUUGUCGGUUUGAUUUUUUUCUUCUUCGCCUGCAAAAGCAAAAUCAAAUGCGGAAGGAAUUUCCACCGGGUGGCGACGUCCAAACCAAAGCUCGAAAGCACAAGGAAAAACGCGAAACCAGCUACAAAAACAUAGCCAAGCUGCUUCCGAGUUGUUCCAGUGAUAGGUGGAUUUUUGCGAAAUCAGCACUUGGUCCGGGGGACCAUUGAUGGCCAGUAGUUUUGGGGGUGGAGUGGAAGCAAAAAAAAGUGAAUUCCAAAACGACUCAGGUGCCAAUGCCAUUGUGAAUGAUAGUCAAUGCGAAAUACCUACUAUGGGUGGGGAGCUAAAAGUGGAGUUUAUGUGUGUCGGUGUGAUUGUGGGAAGGUAUUUGUGUUGUUUCCUAUUCAGGAAUUAACCGGGUACAUUCGGAAACGGGAUAGGAAAUUCGUUACCAGGGAUCGUCUUUGCUUCCGGGGAAUAAUGGUCAGUUGAAUCGUUCAUUAUUCUCCACUAGAGGUCCUCGGUAAGCUACCGAGACAUACUCGUGAAAAAGUUCAACUCCCGGAAAAAAGAAACUAAGGAAGCAUCCCUAUGUGGAUGCAGAUGUCGAAAUUCGUCGAAUACACUCUAAUGGUUUCGUAACUAGCUGCAGCUAAUCAAACCGAUGCAUGGCUGCCGGGCUAAAGUGUUUUAUUAGUGCCAGUUUAAGGAUAACAAUUGGUAGUUUUGAAAGCUAGCUUCGUAUGAGUUUCUUAGAAGUGGAAAAGUCUGAUGGGAAACGACCGUGGAAAACGAAGUCGUUCUCGCAACACUGCUAAAAGCUAUCUUGGCCAAACCAUGAUCGUGUAUGGGUUGUUAGUGCUGUUUUUCGUAAUUGGAGCAGACGCCAAUCGAGUGCUCGAUUCCCAGGAAAACAAUGGCUCCCUGGUUCCGGUUCGAUACGUGGCCGUGGCUGGACGAAAUGCUACCCUCCAGUGUCCCGGGGCUGGCCAUCAGUCACUGGUCGAUUCUCUCGUUUGGCGAUCUGGACAAAUUAUCAUCGCAGAAUACGUCGACGGGUCGCCAUUGGCCGGCAGCCCCAGGAUUACCCUGGUACCUGGUAAUUUCAGUCUUCACUUCAGUCCGGUAUUUGCUUCGGAUUCGGCCGAGUACAGCUGCCUGAUCAACAAACGGCGCAGUCCGGAGGCCAUAGUGGAGCUGCUGGUGCAAGAUGUACCGGAUCCACCCGGGCGGCCGUUGGUGGUCAGUUUUACGUCCCGAUCGGUCAAUUUGUCCUGGGCGGUCUCGCAGAAUCCGAAAAAUCCACCAAUCGAGAAUUUCAUUAUCGAGACAAGGGUCGGCGAAAAUGGUGACUGGGACCAGGUGGACCCGAUCUGGACCAACGGAACGGUGGGCUCGAUUCAGGUGACCGGGCUGCUUCCGUUCACCGUGUACAGCUUUCGGGUGCUCGCCGUCAACUCGCUCGGGCACAGUGCACCUUCAAAGGAGUCCUAUUAUUUCGUCACGCUGCGUGAAGCCCCGACCGGCAAACCGGUAACGACGAUAGCCCACAACACUUCCGCCACGUCGCUGUACAUCUCCUGGAAACCGCCGGCGCCGGAGACGAUACUCGGGGAAUUCCUCGGUUACCGGAUUACGUACCGAUCCCGGGACCAUCGCCAGCAACAGCAACAACAUCAAGAACAACAGCAUCAUAAUCGUCAGCAGCACGACAACGAAGAAUCGGAACAACAGCAACAUCAACAAGUACUGCUGCUUGAGGAGCAACAUCAUCUUCAUCACCAUCAACAUGAGCUGGAACAUCGGCACGGCGAAUUCCACGAGGAAGUUCAGGAGAUUUACAUCCGUGACAGCACCGUGGAGAGCCACGAGAUCCACCACCUGCAAACGUACACCCAGUAUCUGGUCUCGAUUCAGGUGUUCAAUCCGGAAGGACUCGGACCGCCAACCACGGUGCUUGUCAUGACCGAUGAGGGAGUGCCCAGCAAACCGUUGAAUCUUAGCGUCCUCGAAGUAACCUCAACCACUAUCAAGAUCACAUGGCGGGAGCCGGAGAAGCAGAACGGAGCCAUCCACGGCUACCGGGUGUACUACGUCCACCAAAACCAGACGCUGCUCCAUCUGCCGAUCCUGAAAGCCAAAGAAGGCAUCAAUUCGGUCUACACCUAUACGUUAUCGAAUUUAAAACCGUAUACCGAUUACAAGAUGAUUGUGGCGGCAUUUACAAAAAAGUGCGACGGUGAACCCUCGGAAGUUCAUCAGCGGACCGAUAUCAGUGGCCCUAGUGCCCCCAAGGUGGUCAAUCUGACCUGUCACUCGUUGGAUGCUCUUUUCUUUGGAUGGCGCAUUCCGGCCACCUACUACAACACCAUCGACUACUACAUCGUGAGCUACCGGAACGAGCUGCACUCGGAUCUCCGGGACAUCCGGAUAACGGCCAACGCUUCGAUUGUGGAAACUUCGAUGAUUAUUCCUAAUCUAACGUCUAACAUGGUGUACGAAGUGAAGGUUAGAGCUGCUUCGAUUAGCGUCAUCAAUCCCAAACAGCUCAUCCUGGGAUCGUACUCGGAACCCAAGAAGAUCUCGCUACAGCCAAAUUGUGAAAAACUCCCGCCAGCCUCCCAGCGCCAGUCCUUCGACGAUUACAACCUUGCGGUGCUAGCCGGAAUCGUCGUUAGCUGCUUCGGAUUGCUGCUGGUCGUAUUGGCCUUCCUUCUAUGGAAAAAAUGCUUCCACGCCGCAUACUACUACCUGGACGAUCCGCCACCCUCGAGUCAGGGCACCGGUGGGGGCGGAAGCCACGGACCAUCGGCCGCCAUCAUCGACUGGGAAUCGCCGAGUGAGGUGGCCGGUGAGGUACGCAGUUCCAUUUCGGUGGCCGAAUUCGCCAAGCACGUGGCGUCCCUGCACGCCGACGGUGACAUCGGUUUUAGCAAGGAGUACGAAGCCAUCCAGGGCGAGGCCCUCAACGACGAGUACCCCUCCGAGUAUUCCCAGCAUCCGGACAACAAGGGCAAGAACCGCUACCUGAAUGUGAUUGCUUAUGAUCACAGUCGGGUUCACCUACGUCAAAUUCCGGGUCAAAAGAAACACCUGGACUACAUCAAUGCGAACUUCAUUGACGGUUACCAGAAAUCCAAAGCGUUCAUCGCUACCCAGGGACCGCUUCCGGGAACCUUCGAUUGCUUCUGGCGGAUGAUUUGGGAACAACGAGUUGCGAUCAUCGUUAUGAUAACCAACUUGGUCGAGCGAGGCCGUAGAAAAUGCGACAUGUACUGGCCCAAGGACGGAGUGGAAACAUAUGGAAUAAUCCAGGUGAAAUUGAUCCGAGAAGAGGUGAUGGCCACCUACACGGUACGGACGUUCCAGAUCAAGCACACCAAACUGAAGAAAAAGAAGGCCUCACAGAUGGAGAAGAUGGUCUACCAGUAUCACUACACAAACUGGCCGGACCACGGAACUCCCGAUCAUCCGCUGCCGGUUAUCAACUUUGUGAAGAAAUCUACCACGGCCAAUCCGUCAGAUGCCGGCCCGAUUGUGGUGCACUGUAGUGCCGGAGUUGGCCGCACAGGAACCUACAUCGUGCUGGAUGCGAUUCUGAAACAGAUCGAAUCCAAGAGUAUGCUGAAUGUGUUCGGAUUCCUGAGGUACAUCCGGGCUCAGCGAAACUACAUGGUGCAAACUGAGGAACAGUACAUAUUUAUUCACGACGCACUGGUCGAAGCCAUCGAUAGUGGCGAGACCAACAUCAAGGUGGACGCGAUCGGUGGUUUGGUGAACAAUAUCGAUUUUAUUGAUGGACAGUAUAAGCUUAUCACUAGCUACCAACCGAAGGAGAUCAACCUGACGUCGGCCCUGAAGCCGGUCAAUGCCAUCAAGAAUCGCAGCUCGCUGGUACCGUUGGAGGGGAGCCGAGUCCAUCUGACACCGAAGCCGGGUGUCGAGGGAAGCGAUUACAUCAACGCCACCUGGUUGCACGGAUUCCGGCGGUUGAGAGACUUCAUUGUCACCCAGCAUCCGCUGAUCGAAACGUUCAAGGACUUUUGGCAGAUGGUUUGGGAUCACAACGCCCAGACGGUGGUGCUGCUGUCAUCGGCCGACAAUAUGUCCUUCCUCCAGUUUUGGCCCAUCGAUUCGGAACCGAUCGAGAGCGACUACUACCGGAUCCGCAUGGUGUCGGAGGCGGCCGAGCAGAACUUCGUGGUGCGCAACUUCGUGAUCCAAUCGAUCCAGGACGACUACGAGUUGACGGUGCGGAUGUUCGAAAAUCCGAUGUGGCCAGACAUGGCCAACCCCCGCUCGAUCUACGAUUUUGUAGUGCGGGUGCACGAACGUUGCGCCGAGUACCGGAACGGGCCGAUCGUGAUCGUCGAUAGAUACGGAGGAUUCCAAGCGUGCCAAUUUUGUUGCAUUAGUUCGCUGGCGAUGCAGCUGGAGCAGGAUCAAACGGCUAAUGUGUAUACAUACGCUAAAUUGUACCACAACAAACGCCCGGGUAUCUGGAGUUCGUACGAGGAUAUCCGGCAGAUCUACCGGAUACUGUCGUACAUGCCCAAGGAUCUGGGACUGCUGAAGUGUACCGAGUUGCGGACGGAGUUCGACGAUGCCGCCAUCAUGACAGCCACACCUGAUCUGUACAGUAAGAUUUGUAGCAACGGUAGUAUUAAUACCCAUUUGAACAGUGGAACUGUGGGGUCUGGUGGAGUUGAUGGAACUGGUAAUGGUGGUCCUCCGAAUGCGGAAGCUCCUACGGGGAACGGUACGAACAAUGGCGGACCGACGACGACCAUCCAGAACGGUGGAACUGUGAUUGUUAAGAUGAACGGGGAAGACAACGACGAACUGUCAGUGGUGGUGGCCACCAGUAACCAUCUGAACCUGGAUCAUAACCAAACGUAAGGAGCAAAUGGUUGGAAAAUGGUGUUGCCAUUUUUUUAACUCUACGAAACACGUGUUAACCCAUCAGUCAGUUAGUCAGCAUGUCUCAUUAUGAUUCGGAAUCGAGUUUUGGAUUUUUUCCGGGACCGAUUUCCGGAACGAAGUUAUUUAUUAGCCAACUAGCUGUAGAUUAUGACGAAAUCAUUUUAAAGCAAAUAAGCUGCUCGAUUGUGUCUGGUAUUGUGAAUUUGUUGAAAACGUUCUAACAUCACCAGUGACGAAGUGUUACCUUCUAGACUUGAGAGGUUCCCCUCCCAGAAGACGUUCCUCUCUAUCCAUCCUGUACCAACUUAGAUUUGUUGCAACAUUUGUUGUGUUCCUGUGCACCUUGGAAGCAUGUUUUGUGUCUCUAAAUAUCCUGCUACGCAUAUUACAGACAAGUAUCAUUACUUUUAUUUACCCUUCGCCCAGGUAAAACUGAUCUCACAACGAUGCUCAUUUGAUUUUCGUUUGUAUUUUUACAAAAAGUAAUCAUAAUCGUCGUCCGUUCUCCACUAAACAAUCCGGAAGGUGAAGGUAACACUUCGGGGUUCUAGUCGAAAACUAAACUAAAAAACAGACAAAAAUACCACGAAAGCGCACACACAGCGUUUCUUUUGGAAUAUCGUGGAAAAUUAAAAAAAAAAACUUCAUCGGUAGCUAGCGCGUAGCUUCACUCGGGACGGACAAAACGAACAAAUAAAGUUUACGCGUAACUAUUUUGUAGCGGAAUAUCCCUUUACAAUACAAAAACAAACCUUCCGCAAAUGGCCAAGUAAUAAUUUUGCAACUACAUUAUUUCAAAGUACAACGACCGUUUAAUUCUUGUGUUUUGUUCCAUCGCGCGUGUAAAUAUAGGAAAAUAAAUAAAAUUAAAAGAAACCAAAAAAAAUAUGGUAAACCGAAUUAUGUGAUUUUCGUUAAUCACCGUUAUUCAAUCGGACCUGCAAGGAUCUACUCAACAAGAAGGUUAUUAAAAUAAGAAGGAAAAACACAAACGUUUGGCCGAAUUGUUCCCUCUUGAAAUUCAAAUUCUAGGGGAGACAUCACAGAAAAGACUGGUUUUCUAAUUAUCAUUUCAAAUUACGUGGGGCGGGUUAGAUAAAAUGAAAAGGAUGAUCAUUGAACAAAAGAAAAUAUAAUUGAUAAACUAAACACAAACAUAUACCCACAUCAUACAUUAACUCAUUCCGACAAUUGGUUAGAGAACAAUUGAAAUUGCUACAGCACCACCAUCAAAUUUGAAAACAUAUGACACAACUCGAAAUCACUUAAACAUAAAAUAAAAGGGUUACAAAAGUUUAAAUACACAAAAAAAAGAAAUAGUACCAUAAAAAUACAUAAGUAACUCAUUGUGCCGGGUCGUUUUGUGUAGGUGCCAAAAGAUGUCUCAGUUGGUUGAUCGCAUUGUUCUAGUUUCGAUUUUAAUUCGUCAUCAAUACUCACAAAUCGGUAGAACAAAUUCAAAACUUCUGCGAACAUUUCGCCUUAGGAAAAUUGAAAUGUAAAUUGGCGAUAGUUUAAUCUGUCCUUUCAUUCGCUCACUCAUCUGUAAAAAUAACAAUGACUCAAACCCUUUAUUUUCAGUCAAGACGCCAUAAUGAAGAAUGAAGUUUACAAUUUCUGACGACAUUGUCAAAUCUCUAAUUGAAUUGUAAAACCGAUUUUUAAACCUCUAGAAAACCUUGACACAGAUGGGACAUUUGAACUCUAAUUACUUAUCUUUUGACAAAAGUUAUAGCAAGAUCAAAAGCAACACUGUUUAGGGGUGCAGAAAAUCAGACUAAUUAUUCAAGAAUUUGAUUCUAAAUUGUCAUUAGUGAUGUUUCUUGAAUUUCGAUUCAAAAAUUGAGCUUUGAAAUUUGAUUAAGAUUUUACGUUCUGAUUCUAAAUACCCUAUUCCAAUUUUGAAUUUAUUAUUUAAUAAUUGCAGCGUAACGUUUAGUGUUGCUAUUUAUACUUGUUUCAUAUAAUUUCACGCGAUUUUGGCAUCUUAAAAUUUAUAGUUCUAUGUUCCAUCAUCAUACCCUAGCCCUCCACGCAAAAAAAGAACGAAUUUAUUCAGCCGUACUUUGAACAACUUCUGUGUUUUUCUUUUUUCCUCAAAUUUAUAAAAUGAAUGAAGAAAGCCUAACGUUUCGCGGCAACACUACACUUUAGAUAUUGAUAAUUAUUUGUCAGGUGAAAACAAACAGAAGCACACAACUAACAACUCGAACUAGAUAAAUAUUUCGUGGAAAACUCAAGUCCAAAUCAUAAUAAAAUCGAUUAGUAACGAACAGAGCACGGUUAAUAGAAUACACAGAAUUACUAGAAAAAAUUUGGAGCAUUAGUUGAAAUUUAAUGAAAAACAAAAAAAACGGAUAUCUCAAUCGAACUAGCAAACAUAAACACGCAUGGAAAAUUUUUAAAACAACAAACCAAAAUCAAAAUUCUCGGAAAAAUGUUAAAAUCAAAUUUGGUUUUUGUUCAGAAUACAGUUUAGGGGUCGUUAAAACGAUUUAAGAAGAAACAAACACGUAAACGGAGUGAACUAUUGAUUGACUGAGGUGCGAUUUAGUAUUGGACUUUCUGUGAAACCCCAACAAGCAUAUGAAGGAUGAUGAGUGAAAAACUCAAACACAAAACAAAUACUACGUAAACAUUUUGAUUCAGAAAAGGUAACUCAAAAGAAUAGAAAAACAAAAUACAAACAUUAUAAGUAGGAACUAUGCAAAUUUAGUAAGGUAGGUAACAUUUCUGAAACGAAAAACGAAAGGAUGGACAAUGGAACAGUCUUACAAAUGAAAAGUAUGAAAAAUUGGAAACCAUAUGUAGGUAACUCCAUCUUUGUAGCAGGGCAUGCAAGAGGAGUACAUUUACCCUAAACAGUGGCCCCACAUUUGUGUUUGCCAAUGUGAGCGAUAAAGGUAUGGAGAAAAGUGCGAACAUUUAGGUAUUACCUGCUAACUUCAAGUUAGCGAGAACCAUCCUGUAGAAGCAGGAGA